GCCCGGCCCGGCCCAGCCCGGUUCCCGGGAGGAUGAAGUUCGUGUAUAAAGAGGAGCAUCCGUUCGAGAAACGCCGCUCUGAGGGCGAGAAAAUCCGAAAGAAAUACCCGGACCGGGUUCCGGUGAUAGUAGAAAAGGCUCCCAAAGCUCGGAUAGGAGACCUGGACAAAAAGAAAUACCUGGUGCCUUCUGAUCUCACAGUUGGUCAGUUCUACUUCUUGAUCCGGAAGCGAAUUCAUCUCCGAGCUGAGGAUGCCUUGUUUUUCUUUGUCAACAAUGUCAUUCCACCCACCAGUGCCACAAUGGGUCAGCUAUACCAGGAGCACCACGAAGAAGACUUCUUUCUGUACAUCGCCUACAGUGAUGAAAGUGUCUACGGUCUGCGAAGCUGCUGCCCCUGAGGUGGGGGGGUCUCAUUCUACAAAGAGGUGGCCCCCCUUCCCUGACCUACUCUUCCCCUGGGCUCAACCACCACCUCCCUUCUUCAGGACCUGCAUUUCCUAAUGUUUGAGGCUCUCCUCCAGCCCUUCUUAGCCGGAGGGCUCUGGGGGAGGUGGCCUCUUGGACCUUUCCUCUCUCCUCUUUCUCUUAC